CUUUCAAGGCUUCGGGAUAUCCAAGCGGCCCCAGCACUUGGUGGAGCUCGCCGUUUAUCUCACGUACUCGCACAGCAUGGACAUCACGGCACGGAACAGCGAGAUGAUGAACGUGAAGGUCGUCGAACCUCCAAAAGACUCACAAGGAUCCUCGCCGAAGCGGCGAACCACGGCGGAGAGGGAUGGUGUCGACGAAGGAGAGGCGGUCGUGGAAUCGCGCAACAGUAAGUUCAGCUUGGACCUCAAGAACAAAGUGGAAGAACGUCCUUCGACAACCUCCAGCGCCAUCGACGUUGGCCAUUUGAGCGGAGACAAGGCGAAGCGCAAGUACAGUCCACGCUUUAGCAAACAGCGAUCGAAGAGCGAAGUUAUCGAAUCGACGAGCAUGACAUCGGUCGCGUCUAGCGCGGUGGCAAUCUCCGACAAUUUAGUCGUUGCGGAGCCAGGAUCUCCAGCUGCAAAGGCCAUCGACAUUACCAAUCAGUUCGACGGCAAGAACAACGUUCGCUCAUCGCCCAAAUUGACGUUCAAGAAGCCGGAUGGGAACGAGAUCGAUGGCCAGCACGAGCAGUACACGUUGACGUAUGGCAUGAUGACGGGCAUCCUCAAUUCGGCGGGAAGUCUAAACAUGUUCAAGCAACGCCUCACCAUGAACGACUUUAUGCGUGUGGACAAGCGCGAGUUCCCGCCCAACCCGCGAUCAAAGCUCACGCACUCGUUCAAGUUCAAGGACUACUCGCCCGACAUUUUUCGGCAGAUUCGCCGCCGAUUCGACAUUGACAGCGCCGACUACAUGGUGACGUUGUGUGGCGAUUUCAACUACAUCGAGUUCAUGUCCAACUCGAAAUCGGGCCAAUUCUUCUUCUACUCGCACGACGGCCGGUUCAUGAUCAAGACCCAGACGCAGGACGAGUCCAAGUUUCUCCGACGCAUCCUUCCGCACUAUUACAAGUUUGUCAUGGAGAACUCCAACACGCUCGUGACGCGGUUCUACGGCAUGCAUCGCGUCAAGAUGCACCACACCAAGAAGCAGCAGAUGCAUUUUGUCAUCAUGGCGAGUGUAUUCAACACGCCGAAAGAAAUCCACCUCCGCUUCGACCUGAAGGGGUCCAAGGUCGGGCGCAAUGCGUCCGUGGACGAAAAGUCCAAAAACGGCGUGCUCAAGGACAACGACCUGGUCGAAGAGCACAUUCACUUGUCCCUCGGGCCGGAGAAGCGUGCGAUGAUGCUCGAGCAGCUCCGCAAGGAUGUGGCGUUCCUCAAGCGGAUGAAGAUCAUGGACUAUAGUCUCCUCAUCGGCAUCCACGAUUCAGGCCAAGAAAUCCUGCAAUCCCCCAUGGCCUCGCCACAUCCAGCCAAGGGGCUGCCGCCACCGCUCCAGCUCGACUCGCCCACUGUGGUAAAAGGCCGGCCGAGUGUCGCGGACGCCCUCAAAGUGCUCAAGCUCGAAGAGUUCCCAUCGCACUCCCAAGUUUCCGACACCGCGAGCGACGAGAACUCGGGAGACGAGGUCGAUUACACAGACGCGCCAUUAUCGCCGCGGACGCUGGAGACGACUGCCAAGCCACCGUCGGGUGGAUCGAUCUUUUGCAAAGACUACGGCGGCGUUUUCGGCCGGUCGAGCGCACGCAAGAAGAACGGGAAAAUCUACUUUGUCGGUAUCAUCGACAUCCUGCAGCAGUACAACACGCGAAAAAUUACAGAGACCGUGGUCAAAGGGCUUGUCCACAACAAGAAGGACAUUUCGUCAGUGCCGCCUGACCAAUAUGGCGACCGAUUCCUCGACUUUAUUGAGAAGAACGUGCUGGUCGACGAAUAGGACUAGCCGCACAACCACGUCAACCACACACCCAAUUCACAUGAACAAUACAUAAUGAAAAGCGCGCAUGCAUGAACCAUGCAAUUUGCUCGAGCGUCAUGGCAAAACUGCCUUGACACCCUUCACUACGCCGCGCAAAGCGGUGUGCUGGUGUUGCAGACCUCAUGUGCAUCGAGAGCGCGAAACAACGCAUUGCCAAUGACACAGGUGCAUGCCGGUGUGGGCUACAUCGCUGUCGUCGCAGGAUGCCAGUUGGGCUAGCAGGGGAUCGCCUGCCACCUCCGCGCAGAACCUGCCAUCUGCUCCGACGGUGCCGUGGGUUGCCAAGAGACAUCCCAUCAACGAGCAGUU